UACAUCGUGACCGUAAUACUAUUUUAAUGGCGUUUCCCAUCUCCUCAGAAGUAUAUCUGCAUGGGCCAGUUCAAGAACGGUGUGAUUAUGGUGACCCAGAUGGAGAUUGUAUAUGGCACAUAUUGAUCCACAACCACCACACCGGAGAAACCUUACCUCAAAAGCAAUUGAACAACGGUUCGCACCGUUUCUGAAAACGUGUCGUUCAGUACCAGUUUCGAUGUUCAGUAAAAUUCGCCACGCAACGUAGCAAACGUUGAAUCGAACUGAACAAACCUCCAGUGGAAGUAAAUAUCGGAUGACGAUAUAAGGUCACGUGUGAUUGUUUCUGCAGGAAAUUGACAGUGUCGGUCUUCAAAAUGGAAAUGAUUAGCCAGCGACAUUUUCACACAUUGAAGAAGUUUCUCACCUGAUUUACGCUAUGCUUACUUUUUGAACUACGAUAUCAAAUAACCAAAACAAACGUUAGCUAACUUGCUAGGGCAACGUGCUGUCAGCAACGCUAGCUAGCUAACACAACGUUACGUUAGCUAGCUAGCCAGCCAGCAACAUUUCUCUGAUAGCUAGCCGGUUUGGACCACAGUUAUAUUUACAGGUUUUGACAUACACGGUCAAAAUGGAGCUGUUUCAAGCCAAAGACCAUUACAUUCUCCAGAGUGGCGAUCAUGCUCUUUGGUGUAGCCGAAUAGAUGGGACCAUGAAUGUCAGACCUGCAACAGACCUGCUGUUAGCUUGGAACCCAACGUGUUUAGGCCUGGUUGAGGGUCUCGUCGGGAAAAUACAACUUCAUACAGAUCUUCCUCUGGGUCUCAUACUGAUCUGUCAGAAAGUGCUUGUUGGCCAGAUGCCAGGUGACCACAAAGUCUACAAGAUCACCAAGAUAGCUGUCAUUCCUCUGUCUGAGGAAGAGCCUCUGGAUCUGGAGCUGGAGCUUUGUAAGAAGCAUCACUUUGGGAUCGACAAACCAGAGAAGCUGGCACAGUCUCCAGAUGAGUCGAAGUUCCUGAUGAAAACGCUGAGUCAGAUCAAGUCUAAUGUUGGGGCUCCCACGAAGAAAAAGGUCAAGGAAAACAAAGAAAAGGAGCGUCUCGAGAGGCGGCUGCUCGAUGAGCUGUACAAGAUAUUCAUGGACUCUGAUUCCUUCUACUACAGCAUGACCUAUGACCUCACCAACACUGUGCAGCGGCAGGGAGACACAGAAAAGUCAAACUUGCCCCUAUGGAAGCAGGUGGAUGACAGAUUCUUCUGGAACAAACACAUGGUCCAGGAGCUCAUCGAUCUGCAGGUUCCAGAGGUGGACUUCUGGGUGACGCCCAUCAUCCAGGGCUUUGUGCAGGUGGAGGAGCUGGUGGUGAACUACAACGAGAGUCCAGAUGAGGAGAAGAACAGCCCCGACACGCCGCUCCAGGAGCUCACCUGCGUGGACGACAUCCACCCGCGCUUCACCGUGGCCCUCAUCUCCCGCCGCAGUCGCCACCGUGCAGGGAUGCGGUACAAACGCAGAGGGGUGGACACAGACGGCCACGUGGCUAACUUUGUGGAGACCGAGCAGCUGAUCCACGUGCACAACCACUCACUGUCCUUUGUGCAGAGUCGCGGCUCGGUGCCCGUCUUCUGGAGCCAAGCAGGCUACCGCUACAACCCCAGGCCUCGGCUGGAGAAAGGAGAGAAGGAGACAAUUCCUUACUUUGCUGCUCACUUUGAUGAACAGCUCAACCUUUACAAGAAGCAGGUCAUCAUUAACUUAGUGGAUCAAAGUGGGCGGGAGAAGAUUAUUGGCGAUGCAUAUCUCAAACAAGUCCUUCUAUACAACAAUCCUAACCUGACAUAUGUCUCUUUUGACUUCCAUGAGCACUGUCGAGGUAUGAAGUUUGAAAAUGUGCAAACGCUGACAGAUGCAAUCUCCGAUAUUAUUGCAGACAUGAGAUGGGGGUGGGUCGACCAGGCAGGAGUCAUCUGCCACCAGGAGGGCAUUUUCCGGGUGAACUGCAUGGACUGUCUGGACAGGACCAAUGUAGUCCAGGCUUCCAUCGCUCGUGCUGUAAUGGAGGCACAGCUGAAGAAACUGGGUGUGAUGCCCCCUGAGCAGCCUCUGCCCCUCAAGUGCUACAGGAUCUACCAGGUCAUGUGGGCCAACAACGGCGACACCAUCAGUAGACAGUACGCCGGCACGGCCGCCCUCAAGGGAGACUUCACCAGAACGGGGGAGAGAAAACUGGCCGGGGUGAUGAAAGAUGGCGUGAACUCAGCCAACCGUUACUAUCUGAACCGCUUCAGGGACGCAUACAGACAAGCAGUCAUUGAUCUGAUGAUGGGGCAUCCUGUGACGGAGGACCUAUACUCCAUCUUCAGUAAGGAGAAGGAGCAUGAGGAGAAGGAGCAGGAGAGCCAGAGAGUAACCCAGGAGCAGGUCAGCCUCCUGCUGCAGACCUACAUGCAGCUGCUGCUGCCCGACGAUGAGAAGUUCCAUGGGGGCUGGGCCCUUAUCGACUGUGACAUGAGCCUUAUUGAUGCAACCAGCAAGGAUGUGGAUGUUCUCCUGCUGCUAUCCAACAGUGCAUAUUACGUUGCCUAUUAUGAUGAGGAAGCUGACAAAGUUAAUCAGUACCAACGCCUCAACCUAGAGGGUUUGGAAAAGAUUGAAAUAGGCCCAGAACCCACUCUGUUCGGGAAGCCCAAAUUCUGCUGUAUGCGUCUACACUAUAAUAAUGGGGAGACAAGUGGUUAUUUUCACACACUAAGGGCCCUCACAAGGAAUCCUGAGGAUGAUGGUAAAGACACGUUGCAGUGCAUCGCAGAGAUGCUUCGCCUAACUAAGCAAGCCAUGGGACUUGACCUACAGGUGGUUGAAAAGAAACUGGAGAGGAGGCACAGUAAACCUCACGAGGACAUCAUGGGCAUCCAGGGCAGACACCCAGACCAGGUCCUGGGCAGCUCUGGUCUGGCUCAGGGCAAGAGCUUCCUCCUCAACAAGUUCUCCUCCCUCAACCAGAGGGUGAAGAAGUCCAACGUCAACAUGGGCUCCUUCAAGGGGAGACUGGGAAACACCUUCUCCACCAAGCCGGAUGUGAAGGUGAACUUUCUGAAACCCACCAUGGGGGUCACCCUCUGGAAGUCUGAUAGCAGCUUGGAGACGUCGGACGGGGCCAACAUCGGCCCGGCUCUGAAGGACCUCUGUGACAACCACUCAGAGAUGUCAUCAGACUCGGACUCCUACAACUCGGACGAACAACUGCGCUCCAGCUCCUUGGAGAAUGUGGACUACGUGCUGCCCAGCUGCGGCAUCGUGGCGUCGGCUCCGCGACUAGGCAGUCGAGGCAGCGUGGAGCUCAACAUCCGGGUCACUGGCUGCGACAGUAACAGUAAGCCGGAGGCUCCGGCUCUAGCCAGUCCUGAAGACCAGUCCCCCGGGGUUACCUCGGAGGCUGAGGAGGCCAUCCUGAUAGACUUUGGAACUCCAAUUGAUGCCUAUUGCCACCAAUUCAUCCAAGACGCGCAGACCAAACCUGUGGAGGUGUUUGGGGAGCAGGUGGCUUGUAGCCUUCCCACACAGAACCCACAAGUCCCUCCACAUGCUAAAGGCCCCCUGGCCCCAGACGGACACCCAGGUUCAGAUCAGCAGGAGGAGGAGCUCCAGCUCCCUCCCAGGCCGUCCCAGCUAGAUGUUGCCUCCGGCCCCAAUCUCCUGACCGUCCAGAAGCCCAUCUCUGCAGCUUCCGGCAGCUCCCAGAGGAGCCUGGGCUCUCACAUGGAGGGCAGCCUGGGCCCCUCACCCGCCGACAGCAACGGCAGUCGCGUGGUCUCCCCCUUUGCCAAGAUCAAGAGCUCCAUGGUGCAGGUGGCCAGCCUGACCCAAGCUGGACUCACCCAAGGCAUCAACUUUGCUGUGGCGAAGGUGCAGAAGAGCCCAGAGCCAGAAAUGGCCACUCUAAACGAGACCCAAGAGAACGAGCUGAAGGCAAUGUUUACACAGUGCCAGACCAGGAUCAUACAGAUCUAGCACUUCCCAAGUUGUAGCCUCUAAGCAGGUUUUUGUACAGUUUCUAUGUGACUUCCAGUACAGUAGCGUAAGCUGACUCGGCUAAGAACCCCACUCUUCAAUUUCCUCUAUAGUUGACAUGACCAUGUUUACAGCCAGUGUUGUGUAGUGUGUGUAUAAUACUCCAGCUCUAUAUGACAGAGUCCUUAAUCCUGUUGCAUUUCCUUUCGAGAGAUUUUCCAGAUAUAUUUGCAUGUCAGGCUAUUGGUAAUAACAAAGGCAGGUAAUACCCAGUGUAUGUUGAGAGGCAAGCUCUGGAUUUAUCAUUUUGGUGAUCCCAUAUGUGCAGUGCACCAAUUUGGCAUUUGUGAUAAUAGGCCUAGUUUAUAGCUCUGUUACCAAAAGAAGUUUUUGACAAUUUUUCUCAGAAUUUUCAAAGGGCAGCUCCAUGUUAGAUAGUCCCCUAAUAAGAAAACAAACUGCUUGUAGAAUCAGUGUUGCUGAGUUUUUCCCUACCGAUAUUGGAAAUGUACCAAGGUAGGACUUAAUCAAGGUACAAGAACUCCGGUUAGAGUAUACUGUUUUGAUAUGUAAAUAUUGUACUGUAUGUACAGUGCCUAUCAUACAUAUUUAUCCCCGUUGGAUUUCUUCACAUUUUGUUACACACGUGGGAUUAAAAUGGAUUUAAUUGUAUAUUUUUUUGUCAACGAUCUACACAAAAUACUUUGUCAAAGAUUUCCAUUGAGAUUAAUGUAAAAUAUAGCACUAAUGUAUCUUGAUUUGAUAAGUACUCACACUACAGCUGUGUCUUGGGUAAGUCUCUAAGAGCUUUGCCCACCUGGAUUGUGCAAUAUUUGCC